CUACACUCUUGGGUUUAGAAGCUUACGAGGAUCCCCUGAAUGCGGCAUACGUUUCCCAGCCGGUGUUUUCAUAUUUCUACGCCCCUCCGCGCCUGUAGGUUGGUUUCCAUGCUUCAGAGACAACAAACGUAGCAUACAGAGGGGACAUGACUCUGACCAGAGGAUCUUUCACCUAUGCCAGUGGGGAGGAGUACCACGGCGAGUGGAAAGAAGGUCGGAGGCAUGGUGUCGGCCAGCUCAAGUUCCAGGAUGGAACCCGCUACUCCGGCCAGUUUGAGAACGGACUCUUCCAUGGCUCCGGUGUGCUGCUCUUCACGGAUGGAUCCAGGUACGAAGGAGAAUUUUUACACGGAAAGUUUCAAGGCGCAGGAGUCUUCGGUCGAUACGAUGGCAUGAAGUUUGAGGGAGAAUUCAAAGAUGGACGCGUCGAGGGAUAUGGGUUGCUGACUUUCUCGGAUGGAGCUCACGGCGUCCCGCGAAACGAAGGCUUGUUUCAAAACCACAAGCUGCAAAAGAGAGAAAAGUGUCCAGGAGUGGUGCAGCGAGCGCAGGCUUCAGCCUCCAACGCUCGCAGUCUGGCACUUUGAUUGCAAUGGACCCUGGAGGAGACACAGUCAGAGUUCCAGCACUUUCCAGAAGGGCCUCAAGGAUGUGUACUUGUAUACUUCCCUCCAACUCUUUUUUUUUUCAUCCUCGCUUAAACUUCACAGUGGUCUUGAUGCACAUGCAGUUUGAACAAUCAAUUGGCUUUCUGUUUGACUGACUUGAAAUGCACAUCCCGAUGAAGCACACCUUUAACUUCAUGUAAAGUCAUGUAAACACCAAAUGGUGCUGGGUUUCCGUGAUAAAAUGAUUGUACUCAUAAAUAGUAUCUUUUCGUAUAAUUUUCUUUAGAAUAGUUAGCCUUCAUAAAUCAAACAAGGAAAGAUGGAAGACCUCUCAGCUUUUUCUUUCUACUUUAUUGAGAUUAGUGUAGUAGUGUAUUAGUGUAUGUGUAUGAGUAUGUGUUGAAGACUUGUGCCACUAAAUUAAUCAAUUUAUCUUACAAAAAAACUGGUGGUACAUCAAGGUCCCAUGUGAUCUUUUGACCUCUUGAACUGCAAAAGUGGACCUAAACAAUGUACAUUUUAAACCUAUUCAAAAUAAUUUGCUUUACAAAUGGUGUAGGAGUAAGGAGAUGCGUUCAAGCCAUACAGUUGUGAAUGUAAACACAUUCUUAAAAUCUCACCUCUAUUAUUAUUGCUGCUGCAGAUUGUAUCUUUGCAUGUUUUAUGUCACUGGUGUUUCUCCUUUCAGGAGAUCGUUUUUCACAUUUGCCUUAAAGACAUUUUGGUACAACAGUGCAGCUCCAAGGUGUCAAUCUAAAAAUGGGAGGAUUUGUAGUUUCCUCUCUUUCCCUCCACAUCAUUUGCUCUAUGGUGUAUAUUCUCCUAAGGAAUUGAAGGACUGCAGAAACUGCCUGAAGGAUACGCUGCAAAGAUGAGCCUCAGCUCUGAACGCUCACUAGUCCAGUAACUUCUCAAUGUUGUAAAAAGAAAAUCUGAUUUAAAUGCAUUAAACUAGGGACAUUUAUCUUAACUGAGGCAGCUGAAUGAUCAUCAUUUAUAAAGAAGAUGAAUAUUUAAGAAGAUGUAAUUACUUGUUUUAUUCCGUGAGAUGUACACAUAUUCAAUGUCAUUGAGAGUGUUUGUUCUGUAGAACUUGUUGUUACUGAGCUUUUGAAGACAGUGUGGUUGAGUGUUUUUAGAAAUGUACUCCCCAUUAUCGCCGAUAACAGCUAUUCUGUGAUUACAGUGGAAUUCUUGAACAGUCUAUAGGCCUUUGCAAACCGUUGUAUACGUGGCUUGUCUAAGGUUACUUACAUAGGAAAUCAACCAAAGACUAUCAAAUGAUAAUACAGGUAAGGAAGCCUGAAACAACGUGUAUAAUUUCUUAUAGUGGAACAAUAAAAACGAAUCAAUGAGGACAAAUCCACCUGGGGUUUAGUGCGCAAGAAAAACAAAAAGACCCAAGAUUAAACAGGGAAUUGACAUGA